GUUAUUAAAAAAAACAGUAGAGAGAAACACCGAGGAAGAGGAGACGACCAUGUUGAUUUAAAGGAAGAAACACAAUAGAGACGAUUAAAUUAAAGACAUUUUCAGCUAAUUUAAAAGAAACUCGUUGAAUCACCGCACUCUGCGUAUCCAUCAAAGUCUGAGGAAGAAACUGAGGUGGUGAAGUUGGAGUCUGGAUAUUUUGGAGGCAGGAGUUGGGUCAGGACCAGGCUGAACAGCGCGUGGUUCUGGUAGAGGAGGUUUCACACCUGGAGCACAAAAGAAACUCACUGAAGACUCAACAAGGAGGCAAAGCUUCUCUGCUUUGGACUGGAAACCUCUUGUUGUAGGAUCUGUUUUAUUUCCUCACACGAAGCAACAGAAACUCAGAGGAAAUAAACUACAUGAAUUUUGGGGAAGAACGUUUACAAAGUUAUACAGCCGUCUUUUUUCAGGAACACAGAGUUGCAGCCGCUCUUAUGAACUCUUUAUGGAAACGAGAGAAAUAGUUUAAGUAGUAAACAGAAGUAUUGGACUGAGAUUAUUCUUACUGAACAAGCUGUUCCCCAGGUGCAGAUUGCCUUAGUUGUUCUGUUUCAGGACUAGAACCACUUCCAUGCUUGUUCACGUAUAAUUUUCUAUAUUGUGGACAAGGGUAUUCAUGCAUACGAAUGCUGAUUUCUCUUCAUUUUGAAGAGCUUUUGUGUACAAACGUGUUUUUGUUGUUUGUGCGUCGGCCACUCUGUUGUUGGAGGACUGACUACACACCUGUUUAUAUGUAAAUAUUCUCAAUCCUCUUGUUUUUGAAACGCUUGGACAGAAAAAGUUGUUUAACGCUUUAUCAAACUUGUUGCUUUUUAACUUUUGAAGAGAUUUUUUAGAAAUUAAAACCUAAGAGUAGAACCAUCUGAACCUUGGGAGUCGGGAGGAAAUGGCAACGGCCCGAACAGAAAACGCCGGCCCGGUUGUGAUGGGACUGAAUAAGCAGAACGGGCAGCUCCGAGGCCAGACCAAGCCCGCUUCGGUCCAACCAGCGUCCGCGGCUCAGGAGAAGAGUUUGGGCGCUCCGCAGAAACCAGAGUGGGGGGGCAUAAAGUUUGGAGAUGACUGGAAAAAAAGCUUACAGCUCCCCCCUAAGGACAACCGGGUCAGAACAUCGGACGUCACGGCAACCAAGGGGAACGAGUUUGAAGAUUACUGUCUGAAGAGGGAACUCCUGAUGGGCAUCUUUGAGAUGGGUUGGGAGAAACCUUCACCUAUCCAGGAGGAGAGCAUUCCCAUCGCACUGUCGGGACGGGACAUCCUGGCUCGAGCGAAGAACGGGACGGGGAAGAGUGGAGCUUACCUGAUCCCCCUGCUGGAGAGGAUAGACCUGAAGAAGGACCACAUACAGGCCAUCGUCAUGGUACCCACACGCGAGCUGGCGCUGCAGAUGAGUCAGAUCAGCAUCCAGCUCAGCAAACACCUGGGAGGAGUCAAAGUCAUGGCGACCACUGGGGGCACCAACCUCAGGGAUGACAUCAUGCGCCUGGAUGAGACUGUGCACGUGGUCAUCGCUACACCUGGUAGGAUCCUGGACCUGAUAAAGAAGGGCGUGGCUAAGGUGGACAGGGUCCAGAUGAUGGUGAUGGACGAGGCGGAUAAGCUGCUGUCUCAGGACUUCGUGGUGCUCAUCGAGGACAUCAUCAGCUUCCUGGCUAAGAACAGGCAGAUCCUGCUCUACUCGGCCACUUUCCCCAUCAGCGUUCAGAAGUUCAUGGUGAAGCACCUCCAGAAACCGUAUGAGAUCAACCUGAUGGAGGAGCUGACGCUGAAGGGCAUCACCCAGUUCUACGCCUACGUCACCGAACGGCAGAAGGUCCACUGCCUCAACACGCUCUUCUCCAGGCUUCAGAUCAACCAGUCCAUCAUCUUCUGUAACUCCACCCAGAGGGUGGAGCUUCUGGCCAAGAAGAUCACCCAGCUGGGCUACUCCUGCUUCUACAUCCACGCUAAGAUGAUGCAGGAAUACCGGAACCGGGUCUUUCACGACUUCCGAAACGGGCUCUGCAGGAACCUCGUCUGCACUGAUCUCUUCACCAGGGGCAUCGACAUCCAGGCCGUCAACGUGGUCAUCAACUUCGACUUCCCUAAAAACGCAGAGACGUACCUCCAUCGCAUCGGAAGAUCAGGGAGGUUUGGUCACCUGGGUCUGGCCAUCAACCUGAUCACCUCUGAGGACCGCUUCAACCUGAAGGCCAUCGAGGAGCAGCUGGUCACCGACAUCAAGCCCAUCCCCAGCAGCAUCGACAAGAGCCUCUACGUGGCCGAGUACCACUCCGCCAGCGGCGACUGUGAGGUGGAGGAGGUGGAGGAGAAGCCAGAACGCCAACAGGACAGCACCUAGAACAGAACAUCGGGACACUCCGGGCUUUUGCACAACCAUCAGCUCUCUCUCUCUCUCUCCAAGCAUCCCACCGGUUCCACCUCGGUUCUGCAGAACCGGCUGAACGGACUUAAAGGCUGAUUUUAGUUUCAGAACCUUUCCUGUUUGUUUGUUUUUGUAAACUGUUGUUUUGCACCAAACUCAAACCGGACUUGACUCACUAACGACUCUCAGAACCGGGUCUGACCUCCGGCUGCAGGUCCGGUUCUGAUGUUACCGCGGUGCACCUCCACCAGCCUGACUCUACUCUCUCACUGCUGUCACUUAAGUGCCUUAAUCCCCCCCCUUCCCCGUGCACUCGCCCAUCGUUGUCCCGCAGCAGCAGAGAACGAGCACAGACCAGACCAGAACCGGGCUUAUUUGGACCGCCGUUGUGCAGCAGUACCAAACGCGCCGGUUCUCUGCUGAGAUGCGUUCUGCAGCCAUCUUGAAUGUGAAGCGUUGCAAUAAAAAGGGCCGCUUGACUUCUACCCUGCAUGACUCCUUCCCCCCCCCCCCCCCCCCCCCCCCCGAAUCAGAAUCAGAAUAAAGACCCGGAGCGCUGCAUGGGUCCGGGUCGGGUCAGGUGGGUCGUCUCUGCUGGUGAAAACUGUGAUUCUAUUGGCCGAAGCAGCUGGCGGGUGAAACCAAACCCGGCCAGUAACCAUGGUGAUGCUCGCGUCGGUGAGUUGGUGCAAAACAACACUUUGGGCGUUCGGUGGUUCUGUUCCUUCCUCAUCUUCUGGAGCAGAACCUUGGUUCUGGGCCUGGACGUGUUCCGGGGGUGAAUGUGUCUGCUGCCAGGGUUCGGUUCCUUUAGCUUCUUUGGUUUGGAGCUCCUGCUCCCGGAGGACGGACUCCUCCGGGAGCAGGAGCUCGUCACAAACGCGUCUGGGUCGUGUUUUCUUCUUCUCUGAGGUGUAAACGGGACGGGAAGCGGCUCUGUUAUCGGACCGGCGGAGACGGUUCUGUCCGCAGCAGCAAUACGUUAGUGGUGGUUGUGUGAGGGGCGGGGCUUGUAGCAUCUUUAAACAGGCAGCUGGGACGUUCGUGUCCUCCUUACGGAGCGCCACGAACGACAAAAACACAAAACUUUAGCUUUUUAAGCUUUAACGCUCGAGGCUUUCGGCUCCGGGAGUCUGGAGGUGUUCUACGCCUCUCUGGUACCUGAAGCCAGCAGCAACACUUGGGUUUAAAGUUGUUUUCACACACAAACAAACAAACAAACCUGGUUGUGUUUUAGGUGUCAGAGGGCUGAACUGGACAGAGCUGGUGGGAAUCUCCGGUGGUUCCCAGCAGCUCCGGUUUUUUCCAACAGGGCAAUCUUUAUACGAGGUGUUACGAAUCAUUCUGAGGCCGCAGCAAGAUUGUAAAUGAUUCGUUGUUUACUCUUGUUUACAAUUCCUACGUACGCAAAAGCUUUUGCUUCAAAGGCGGAGGAGGAAUGUUUAGUUUCCUUGUUUUGGGAAUGGCAUUUCAGGAUUGAAGCAAACCAAAAAAAAGUGGUGUGUGUGUUUGAAUGUGUGUGUGUGUGUGUUUGAAUGCGUGUGUGUGUGUGUUUGUUUGUUUGUUUGUGUUUGAAUGAGUGUGUGUGUGUGUGUGUGUUUGUUUGUUUGUUUGUUUGUGUUUGAGUGUGUGUGUGUGUUUGAUUGUGUGUGUGUGUGUGUGUUUGAGUGUGUGUGUGUGUGUGUGUGUUUGAAUGAGUGUGUGUGUGUGUGUGUUUGUGUUUGAAUGAGUGUGUGUGUGUGUGUUUGUUUGUUUGUGUUUGAAUGAGAGUGUGUGUGUGUGUUUGAAUGAGUGUGUGUGUGUGUGUUUGAAUGAGUGUGUGUGUGUGUGUUUGAAUGAGUGUGUGUGUGUGUGUUUGAAUGAGUGUGUGUGUGUGUGUGUGUUUGAAUGAGUGUGUGUGUGUGUGUGUGUUUGAAUGAGUGUGUGUGUGUGUGUGUGUUUGAAUGAGUGUGUGUGUGUGUGUGUGUUUGAAUGAGUGUGUGUGUGUGUGUGUGUUUGAAUGAGUGUGUGUGUGUGUGUGUGUGUUUGAAUGAGUGUGUGUGUUUGAAUGAGUGUGUGUGUUUGAAUGAGUGUGUGUGUGUGUGUGUGUGUUUGAAUGAGUGUGUGUGUUUGAAUGAGUGUGUGUGUUUGAAUGAGUGUGUGUGUGUGUAUGUGUUUGAAUGAGUGUGUGUGUUUGAAUGAGUGUGUGUGUGUGUGUGUUUGAAUGAGUGUGUGUGUGUGUGUGUUUGAAUGAGUGUGUGUGUGUGUGUUUGAAUGAGUGUGUGUGUUUGAAUGAGUGUGUGUGUGUGUGUUUGAAUGAGUGUGUGUGUGUGUGUUUGAAGGAAUGUGUGUGUUUUGUGUUCCGUCUCCAACGUCGGCGUUCCUCAGGGACGUGGUCUGUUAUCUGCUUCCAGCUGAAACCUGGACUUGAUCACAUUCCUGAUCGGUCGUCCGUCACCUGUGUGUGUGUGUUUAAUGAUGACCGGGAGGUCAUCUGAAAAACUCCAAACAUGGAGUCGGUGUAUAUCAGUAAAACUCUGAGGAAGUUCUGAUGAUCGAUGAGCGCCUUGUGUUGAGGCGGUGUGUGUGUGUGUGUGUGUGUGUGUGCGCGCGGAGUGCUGGGGGUGGGGUGGGGUGGGGUUAACAUUGGGUGAGGGUUCGGGUCCGUAUAGACGACAGGAGAAACAUCCUGAUGUGAUGAUGAAUCAGAUGUGGUUUUAAAGUCCUCAGCAGGUUUCUGACUGGUUCAUGAGUUAAAGUCAGAAGUUGGAGCUUCAGAGGCUCUGAAGUUUUCUCUACGAGCAAAAACGUUUCUUCAUCUGCCAACAGAGAAACUCUGCUCUAGCUUCUGUUUUCCUUCCGACCUCAGUGGCUCGCUUUGGUUCUAGGAUUUGAUUUUCUCCAUUUUGAACGUUACACUCAGGAAGUUUUUCUUUUCCUUCUGAAUGACCCCAGCAGUCAUUCUGAUCCGUGAAGCUCCCGUCUGAUUGGAUGAAUCACAAAGUAAAUUCCUUAAGUUUUUCUUGACCUACUGAACGGAUUCGGAACCAAAUUUGUGUUGACCUCUGCUGUCAGAGUGGAAACAUGCAGAGGCUUUAAAAUUCAAUAAAAUGACCUGAACUUCA